AUGGCGACGACGACGAUCAUCGGAUACGGCUCGCUGCUGUCUGAGACAUCAGCGCGGUCAACCUUCGGCCACCACGUCAAGAACUUCCGCCUGGGACGCGUGCAUAACUACCGCCGCGUGUUCGCGCAUCCGGCGUCCAUCUUCUUUCAACGUGGCAUCGCUAUCAAGGAGACCCUGGAGAUGGCUAGUUUGUCGGCAGAGGUUAGCCCCGGUACCUCGUUUGCCGUCAGCGCCUUCGACAUCCCAACGUCGCAAUUACCUGACUUUUACGACCGCGAAGACGAGUUUUCGAUUGAGGAGGUCGAGUUCCACGAAGCCAAAUAUGGCAGGGUGUCCAAAGGUCUGAUGUGCUGUCGAUGGAACGACGCGGAUUACAUUGCCAAGCGUGGCCAAUCUACGUUUGACAAGCUGUACAGAACGUACGGCCUGGACACGAUUUGGGGCUACGAUGCCUCCAGUGGCAUCCUGCCUUGCCGCGUGUACCUGCGACACUGUAUCCUGGCCGUGCAAAAGCUAGGCGAAGUAGGUGCUUUGGGCCAUGUUUUCAUGUUUUUCGUCCAUAUUUGGAUAUAUUUUUAGGAUAUUUACGACGAUUUUGUCCAAAACACGUAUUUGGGCGACCGCACCACGACCAUCCAAUCGUACUUGGCCGAAAACCCCACGAUCAUGGACGCGGUGCCGCCAGCCCACCUUGUGGGGCGCUAUAGCGGCUGAUGCAGAUGCCACGUCAUUGCUUUAAACAUUGUAUUGCAUCUCAAAACAAUACUAUUUUCGUAGGAAUAACAUAUAGAUUUACAGGGAUUGAUAAUUGAAAUAUCACCCACAAACAUAGG